CUUGCUCCUUUUUUGCCUUGGGUGUCCUGCCUCUUUUCGUCUUCUUCGGGGUGAUUACAAGCAAGGUUACUGGAAAAUGCCAUCAAGAUUGAGGCUUUUCCACUCUUUUUGGCACUUUAGAGCUCGAAUAAGUUCUUCUAGGUUUACUACAGACGUUAGAUAUGUAUCUGAUGGGAAUCAUUUCUUGUGGAAUCCCUUUUGCACUGUGGCUGAGUCAGUUCAAGUUGAAGAUUCGGUUGUUGUGACUGUUGAGUCUCCUGGACUUCCACAUUGGGUUAAAUCUUCAAACAACGAGGUGAAUAAUGUAGAAGAUGAGGAAUUUGUGCUCCCCUCAGUCUCAGAUUGGAUUGACAGUCACGAGCUUCAUCGCCCAGGAGUUGAUACUGAAAGCAAAGUAGGUGAUUUGUCAGAUAGUGAAGCUGAUAAGAUUAGUAAGAUUCUGAAAAGUGAGUUUAAAUCACCGGAUGCUGUUCUAGAAGCAUUAAAUGGUUGUAGAGUUGAUGUAACAGAGGAUUUGGUUAAGCAAAUUUUGGAAAGAUUCAGUUUUGAUUGGAUUCCGUGUUUGGGGUUUUUUAGGUGGGCCAAAUUACAGGGAGGUUUUAAGUUGUCACCUGAGUUGUAUAGUUUGAUGGUUGAUAAUUUGGGGAAAUUGAGGAAAUUUGAUCUCAUGUUUGAUUUGGUGGAAGAAAUGCGGCAGUUGGAAGGUUGCAUUACAUUGGUUACGAUAAGUAAAGUCAUAAGAAGACUUGCAAAGGCCGGGAGGCUCGUUGAUGCUAUAGAUGUGUUUAGAAAUUUGGACCAAUAUGGAGUGCCCAAGGAUAUUUAUGCAUUGAAUAUUUUGGUAGAUGCUUUGAUUAAGGAUCGAGGAGUUGAGCAUGCUGAAGAAGUCAUCUUAGAAUAUAAGGAUAUUGUAUCUCCAAAUGCUUCUACUUUUAACAUGUUAGUCCAUGGCUGGUGCAGAGCUAGGAAACUAGAAGAAGCUAGGAAGACCGUGGGCAAGAUGAAAAGACAUGGUUUUAAUCCUGAUGUGGUCACAUACACUUGCUUUAUUGAAUUAUAUUGUCGUGAUAAAGAUUUUCGGAAAGUUGACCGUAAGUUAAAGGCUAUGCAGGAGCUAGGACUUAUGCCUUCUGUGGUGACAUACACCAUUAUAAUGACUGCACUUGGGAAGGCAAAGGAAAUGAAUAGAGCCUUAGAAUUUUAUGAGAUGAUGAAGCAGAAUGGUUGUGUUCCUGAUAGUUCAUUUUAUAGCACUUUGAUUGAAAAUUUAAGUAAAUCCGGGAGACUGAAGGAUGCUCGUGAACUAUUUGAGGAUAUGGCUAAGCAAGGAGUUGAUCCGGAUACAUUGACAUAUAACACAAUGAUUGCUGCUUCUGCACGGCACUCUGAAGAAUUGGAUGCCUUAAUGCUGCUUAAACAAAUGGAGGAGAGGCAAUGCAAGCCUGAUCUUCAAACUUAUGCGCCAUUGUUAAAGAUGUGCUGUAGAUUGAGAAGAAUGAAGGUGCUUUCCUUUCUGUUGAGGCACAUGUUUAAGAAUAAUAUCAGCUUUGAUCUGGGAACAUAUACACUUCUGGUGAGUGGGCUCUGUGCACAUGGGAACCUAAAUCGUGCUUGUUCAUUUUUUGAGGAAUCAGUGAAGAGAGGUUUUGUUCCUACAGAUGCCAUGUACACAAAGCUUGUGAAGGGACUUCAGGAGAAGGGUAUGGAGAAAGAAAAAGAAAGGAUUGAAGAACUGAUGCUACAGGCUAAAGUACAAGGAUCUAUUGAUUCUUCUAAGAGCUUUAUUCAGGUUCAGGAAUGAAUGCUUUGGCAUCUGUAAGUGAUUUGAAAAAAAAAAAAAAAAACCUGAAUGGCAGUCUUUCUUUUCUUCAUUUACCUGAGAUGCAAAGUGUCACGAGCUACAAACUUAGCAGCAAGUAUUGCCAAUCAGAACUGGAAAAGCCAACAUGUGAUGUAAUUCCUCCCGUGCUCAACUCUUUUAGAUCAAGGAGAAUUCAGCUUCUGAUCCAUCUUCCUUUGAAAAAGACAAUUGUGAAAAUUAGAAAAGCGAGAGAACUCUAUCGGCAAAAACUUUAGAGCCAAAAAGUAUCGAUUUUGCAACCUGAUAUGUCCUGCUACUGAAAGUAGUUACUAAUUAUGUAGAAUUUAAAUGCAAUGUUGCAAUGUCAUUUGUCAGAAUGAAAUAGCUUGAA